AUGGUGCUCUCCACCAUGGUGCUCUCCACCACGGUGUCCACCAUGGUGCUCUCCACCACGGUGUCCACCACGGUGUCCACCACGGUGUCCACCACGGUACCGGCGCAGUUGGCUUGCGUUGCGCUCAUCCUGGGCGUCAUUGUCUUUGCGCUCGGGGCUAUUUUCACCAUUCAUGCCUCGAUGGGCUUUGGUGACCCGUGCGAUCCCAACAACUUCUUUAAGGACUCGUUCAAGUGCUGGGCAAAGACUGGCGGGCCGAUCAUGAUGAUUAUCGGCGGCAUCGCGGUGGCGACUCUCAUUAUUGUCCAGUGCAUCCUGUGUGUGGCGUACAACCCCGACGCAUACGAUGAUGAUGGCGUUGUCGAGAGCGAGGAAGGGGCACCGGGCACGAUGCCGGCGACAUCCGGUGUGGCCGCCGUCACAGCAGGUCCACCACUGCCGCACAGCAUGUACACAAGCACCACCUCCGGCAUCGCGCCUGUGCCGGCGCCUGCAGCGCUCAUUGCCCCCAAUCCGCUCCUCGCGCCAGCGGUCGCCACGCCGAACGCGCCGCCGCCGUUUAAUCCGUACGCGCCGCCGUCUGCGCCGCCGCCAGCAGCGGAUGAGGCACCGCCAGCAUACGACGCAGCCGUGCGGAAGGUAUAG